AUGCAUGAAUCUUCAUUUCCAUCCGAAUCAUCAUGUAAUAGUGAUGAUGGUAUUCAUUUAUUUGUUAAUCCUAAUAAUGGUUUAACUCUUUCAACUGAUCGUUCUCAAUCAUCUCAUUUACUUGAUCCAAUACUUCGUUUACGUACAGUGAUCAGUUUAGGAAGUUUUACAAAUUUAUUAUGGACACAAGAUGGAAAUUAUAUUUUAUAUCCAUCAAACGAAAUUGUUAUUCAAAUGCAUAUUGAUACUCAACAACAAUUAUUUUUUAUUGGACAUACUGAUAAAGGUAGUGCUAUUGCAUUUAAUGGAAAUUCUUCAUUAUUAGCAACAACACAAGUUGGACCAAAUGAUAUUCUUCAUUUAUGGAAAUUUGAAAUACGUCGUUGUAUUUGUGUUGUUCGUGUAUCAGGUACAUGUAAUUUACAUGCACUUGAUUUUGAUAUUCGAAACUUAACUGAUUCACCUUUAACUCUUGUUAUUGUUGGUCAUGGUUCAAUUGAAUUAUUAUGUCGUACAACAACAGAUGCAUCAACAACACAUAUACGUUUUGUACCAUAUGAUUCAACAAGAUGUAUUUCAAUUGGUUUAGAUAAUAUACGUUUUUGGCUUAUUAAUAAUGGAAAUGAUUUAAAAUCAAUGAGUAUAUCAAUUGUUAGAAUAUACAGAUUUACAAUUUGA